AUGGCAAUGGAAGAACUGAAAUUUGAGAAGACUCGAUUUUGGGUUCAAGUUCAUGGGCUCCCCUACAAAUACAUGAAUGUUAAGGCAGCCGAAAAAAUCUGUGAAGUUAUUGGACAAAUUGUACACCCUACCGAUCCAGCUGAAGCGGAGGGGGGCAAUUUUAUGAGGAUUCGAGUGGAGAUGGAUGUAUCUUUACCCCUUUGCCGUGGUCGAGUUAUGUCUAUGGAGAAAGGAAAAAAAUCUUGGGUCACGUUCAAAUAUGAGCGUCUACCUAAUAUUUGUUAUUGGUGCGGCAAAAUGGACCACUCAGAUUGUGAUUGUGAGAUUUGGCUGGACAGUGAAGGAAGUUUAGUAGAAACACAAAAACAAUUUGGGCCUUCAUUAUGUGCUCCACCAUUUUUUCCGUCAAAGCGAAGUGUGGUGGCUGUCCUAGGUUUUUAUAGUCAGAAACGCACAGUCCCAAAGUCGCAUGCUACUGAAGCUAGACCUGAAUAUGGCAGUGAGAGCAAUGAUGAAUCAAGAGCUAUGGCGGUGCUCAUGGUGGUGCAUAACCUGGAAUCAUCAGACAGCUCAUUAAAAGCUCAUUUAUAG